AUGGCGCAUUAUCAAUCUACCUGGUGGAAACACCGCUAUCAUAAGCUUGAAGAGCUUAUAAAGGCCGAGCCUAUUCCUGAACCAGACGAGCCUGCAGAGGCAGAUGUCGAGCUUUACAAUGCAUCCGAUGAUCGGAUCCUGCAUGAGCGCAACGAAUACGAGGGAACGGAAGAUGAACCAACUCCCCUAACAGAAGCUACCCACGACGCAAUAUCUGCUACAGAGAUUGAAUAUGUACCUCUCCUUCCAGAAUAUCCGCGUACUCAUCCGAAAGGCUAUGUAUAUGUGGUUAAUCUCCGACAUCUCUCUUCACAAGAGAAGAAAAAUGCACUUAAUCUAGUCCAGUACGCUAGUAGGCGUGAUGGCGGAAAAAGUGAUAUUUACUGCUCCUUCCUUGGUUGCCAAGUCACGAAGACAGCAUCUUACUGUUCCGGCAUGAAGCACUGUGUUCAUCUUGACGACUAUCUCCGUAACCUCUCCUAUACAGAGGUUAAUGAAGAGCUUGUAGGGCCGGUAGCUUUCUGCGAUGCUCUUCGACAGAAAUUUUUGGAGAGAAAAGCUUGUAAAAAAGCAGACGCUACCUGCGAAAUGGUCUACGGAAAAUUCAACCACCAGAAUGUAGCAGGAGAGGAAUUGCCAUUCGUUCGUUGUUCUAACGGCUCAGCUAGUAACCACGCGAAUCAUUACUUUACAACAUUAUAUACAAAGCGGAACAGGCUAGAUAUAGGGCUUCUGAUUAGUCUUCUUCAAAAGGAACAGAGGGAAGUUACCACAGAAGUAUGCACUGCAAUCUACCAAACUAGCUCACGAGCCCAAUUUUGCGAUGUUGUGCACCUAGGCGGACGCGGUGCGAUCCAGAGACAAUUCCCACAAUGCACAGUUAAAUUCCGUACAUUUGUGCCAAAGGAUAUAGAGAAGCAUCCAUAUGCUAUCUUUUACUCUGCAGGGAUACAUAACCACCCGCCCCCGCCACCGAGUAAGCCACCAUACGACCUUAUAGAAGAGCUUUGGAAUCUCUUAUCUCGGGGACAAACAUCGGAUCUUACACUUAGCGCGUUUCUUCGGAGUGAUGGGGUUCGAGACCUCGCCGCCAGAUACGGCGCUCAAACCCUGUCUGAACUACACCAGAGCUUUGCAAAUAAAGAGCGAUUUUCUGUGGUCCUUACAAAAAGGAGAGCAAUUGACUAUCCAAUGGGUAGACAUUUAGCAGGUGUUUACUUCGAGAUGGAGAAAAAUCCGGCUAUAAAGCUCUAUGUACGCGAGAUUGUGCAUGAUGAAAAAGGUGCCUUUAUAUUUUGUGCCCUUAAUGAACAGCUCGAGAUCCUUGCUUCAUUACAUUCAUUCGAAGUUGAUAUGUUAUAUAAGCGAGUGAAAGGCGUUUUUAACGAGGUUAUCUUCGCAACAUUUGUCCCAAAGCAUGGAAAAAUUAUGACGCUAUUCCGAGUUUUCACAGAUCAGGAGACUACAAAAGCGUAUCAUUUUAUAUUUGGAAAUGUCUUUAAUCUCGUCGAGCGCUGUAUAGGUAAGAAGAUCAAGUUCCACUAUCUACAUGGUAGUGGAAUAAGGUCUAUUAUCACUGAUAUGUGCCCAAAACAAAUGACAGGGCUUGGAAAAAUGCUCCAGGAGACUGACCAGAAAACCAAUAACCGGGAUCUUGGUUGGAGAUGGCAUACUAUGAAUGUUCUUAUCUUCUCAAGCCGGGACCCAGAAGAUCUCUCACAUAUAGAGGGAAGAAGUCGACUAGCCAGCUUAAUGGACUGUAAAAGUCGACAGAAUUAUUGGGAGUUGGCUGACCUUAUUAUCGCGCAUAACCCUGAGCUUAAGGGUUGGGCUGAGCAUAAGAAGAUCGAUGUUAUUGCAGCUGGGCUUUUCACGAAGUCAAAGAUCCUCGACGAAACCGACGUACAGCAAUACCAUAGCCGUGAAGCUUUCGAUAUCAGACAUUCCUAUCAUGCAGAUGAUAUGCAGACACGGUUUAGUAAGAGUAUACAGCGAGAGGAAUCUCUGCGACGGAAACGUUACCAAGUCCUAGAUGAUGAUGUGGCCCCUGAGGAUAAAGAGCUUUAUGAGUUUAACUCUUCAGGCAAUCAUUCAAUUCCUCGGGCAGGAUCCAAAAAGGCUAAACGCGGCCGUGGAGCAAGCAGCUCACAAGGUCGUUCAACAAGUCGUGCAAUCACACCCGCUGUAUCUAAUCUUCGGCAUGCUACGUCAGUCAACACUGGCAAUAACAGCCAGGAUGAGAAUAGCAUUGAGAGUUUAGAAGAUCAGAGGAAAAAGGUUGAAAAAUUGAGGGAGGAUCUUAAACAACAAGAGAGACAGUUAGUACUACGGGAAAGGGAAAAUACUCUCUAG